UCUUUGUGGUUCAGCUGUAAUGGUGCAUGCGCUCUCGCAUGCCUCAAAUGCUCUAAUGAUCCUGCCUGUGUUUACUUGUGCACGUUUGUUAGAAAGUGAGUUGGAAACAGAUCACAUUUAAGAUCACCUGGGUGGGACUUAGGUGAGUUCAGAAACCAGGGCACGGUGCCCGCUCGCUCUUUGCCACUGGCUGUGAUCAGUAGUGUAUCUUGUGUCCCAUUCAGACAAGUAACCAUUCAGUGAGGCAAAGAAAGACUGAUGGAGGGAGGAAGGGAGCGCUGCCAACUGCCAGUGGCUGCACCAGUAGAUCUUUUGGAACCUGUUGCAGCAGGUUUUUCUUUCUGUAUAUCUUAUUUCUGGGCUAGCCUGGAUGUGCUCCAGACACACACACACAUAUCCACCCACACAUACAGAACACACACACACACACCGUAUGAGGAUGAUAUUCUGAGCUGCCAAAAUCUGAAACCAGCCCAUCAACCACUUCCGUACAUAUUAUAGACAGUCAAUCUAAUCGAAGUGCUUCACUGUCAGGGUGAAAGGGGCUCGAGGUGCACAGAUCCAUGAGGGAUAUGGACUCAAGAUGUGGACAGGUUACAGGUCUGAGUGAGAAAAUCUGAAACCACAAAUCCACAAAGAGAGGACAGAGGGCAAUUCUGAGUCACAGGUUAGAAGCAGAUUUUGGUGCAGCAUGUCAGACUCCUCCACGUUUUCCCCCAGCAGCUGCAAGUCUCAAACAUCAACCCCUCAGGCCAGCCUACACACCUGUGAGCCCUGUGGGACUUCCUGCCAGCAGAUGGCAGAAUCACAGCAGGAGACCAGCACCUACAGCCUGAGGGCCGCAGCUGUGAACAGGAGGCACAGCGCUGAUGGGACCAUCAGUUCAGGGUCAAGAUCCGCACCGGGACGAGGCCCUGCCGACUCUCACCGUUUCCACCCAUAUUGCAGACAGUUCAGCGAUGGAGAAGUAACGGCUUCAAGUUGUCUCCAACAGUGCUCCUCUUCCUUCAGCUGUCUGCAGGAGUUGUGCAGCUCAGAUACUCAUUCACGCAGCUCCAGCAGCGAGGCACCACAAUCCUGGGACCAAUACAACGAAGGCAUACAGAGUUCGUACCCAGAGCUACCAGCUGUGCCCAUGGAGGCCUCCUGCUUCCUGUCUCAAAGCUACCCAUCCCACAGUUCAUCAAGCCCUCUAAAACAGGUCUCAUCUAGACUGUACCCUAAUAAUGACCAGUCCAACAGCUCAAAAUAUUCUCUCCAAAGUCUCUCCAAUCAGUCACACCAGGAGAACACCACACAGCCCCUCUUCCCCAAGCCCAUUUACUCAUACAGUAUCUUGAUCUUCAUGGCUCUGAAAAGCAGUAAAACAGGAAGUCUGCCGGUCAGUGAGAUCUACAGCUUCAUGACUGAACACUUCCCAUAUUUCAAGACAGCUCCUGACGGAUGGAAGAACUCAGUGCGUCACAACCUCUCCCUGAACAAGUGCUUUGAGAAGGUGGAGAGCAAAAACGGAAACUCGUCCCGUAAAGGCUGCCUGUGGGCUCUCAAUCCAGCCAAGGUGGAGAAGAUGCAGGAGGAGCUGCACAAGUGGCGCCGCAAAGACCCUGUCACUGUGCGCAGGAGCAUGGCCAAGCCAGAAGAACUUGAGCGUCUUGUGGGAGCGAGACCGGACAAGCUCAGGUCUUUGCCGCCUUACCCAGGGCUUUCAUCCAGAGUGGGCCCUAUCUACAGCGCCACCUCGUCGUCUUGCAGCCCGGCCCAGCUUCGACCUUCCUGUCAACCCGUUCGGCAUCCACAGUAUGCCCACAUUCGGCCUCAGCAACCUUGCUACGUUCCCCCCGCUGUAGCCCACCCCAGCAACUCAUUUGCCCUGUACUCACCCUGUGCGCAGCAGCCGGCAGCUGGCGUCCCACCAUCCACUGGAGGCCUGAACUCACCCAUUGCCGGGAAGAUGCCACCGGUUUAUAAUUACGCCAUGCAGGCUGAGUACGGUGUCGGACUCAGGAGCAUGCAGGACUUGGUGUUGGAGGGAGACGCCAGUUACGACAUUGACACGCUCAACCCCAGUCUGACUGACCUGCAGCUGCAAGGUAACAUGUGGGAGGAGUUAAGGGAGGACAGCCUGGUGUCAGAUCCACAUGGAUCCACUGCUCCUGCCCUGCGGGACCCCCACACCCAGACCAGCUGCCUGCAGGUCGCUCCUCCUGUCAGUCAGAUGUCAGAGCUCACUGCUGUCGCUCGGUGUAAAGCAGAGUACGAGGACGAGGAUGCAGGCGCUGGACGAACCUUUGAGCAGCACAGCUAUUUGAAUGGACUGCAUCCCAUGGUUUACUCAGGGGUGGAGAGCUUGGCUGGGUAUCUGACCUCCUGCACCACAUCCAUCUCCUUAAUGUGAAGACCUGAUGGUUGAUCAUCUCUGACCACUGAUGAUUGAUAUUAACCUGAAUGGGAAGUGUUGUAACUAGCAGCUUCAUGCCAGAGUAUUAGCUUAGUGGUUAUCUAACCCAUCAGAUCCUCCGUUUACCACUGUGUGAUAGACUCUGUGGGGGAACUAGCUAUCAAAAUAUUCACUGAUAAAACAUAACACACCUCCUGUUAUAUCUUUUUUGUCAAUACACAUUUCUUUUCCCCCAGUUUUUGGUGAAUUAGUAAGUAAAACUGUAAUUAAAUACCCUAUUGAAAACUUUAUUUUUAAAUGUAUUUGUGAAUUUAGCUAUUUAUUUACCCUUUACAAACUGUUCUGUCACACUGAUUUACAAAUUUCACCUUGUUGUUGUAAUUAAUAGAUUUUUAAGUCAUUUAAAGAAAAUAUCAAUAAUUGUAUUUUUAUUUGGUCAUUAGUAAAUCAAUUUUCCAACCUAAUUAAAUAUGAUUUAGGUAUUUGUUUAUAAGUUCAUAACCUUAUUGAUGCAUUAAUAUAUUUGUACAUUCUUGUCAUUUAUUUUUAUCAGCUCUCUUAGUCAGUCAAUAUCAGAUAAUGAAUUGCUUUGUUUCUAUUUCUAAGAGUUUAGUUCCUCCAUACACAUUAAAUGUUAGAGGAUGUCCUCUGCUUAAGCACCUUACUAUGAGCUGGCUGUAACAUAAACAAACUGCAGUAAACAGGGCAGUCAGUCUCUGAUUAAAGGGCCAAAAACCAUCUCACUGAAUAUGUUCAAUAUGAUAUUACAUUAUUUACAAACCUGUGAGACUGUGUAUUGUAUAUUUUACAGUCAUUCAUUUGCUCCACUGUGGUACGGGCAUGAGGAAAACUCAGUUUGUUUAUGCUGAUGUCUAACGAUGAAUGAUGCUGCCAUAGGUGCUGUCCUGGCAUCGGUGCAGUGACACUGUUGUCACAGAAGAUGGCAGCAAAGACGCUUUGUGACCUGCAGCGGUCACCCAACAAUCCCAUCUUUUUCUCUCUGUCUGUGUUGAUUUUUGGUGGUUUCAGUGUGGUGUCUGUGCAGAGGUUAACACGUGAAGGCCUCUGAAGUGUGAGUGUGCUCACCUUGAAUCUGAGUUUUUUAUUUUCGGUCUAGAGGACAUAAUGCAUUCAGUAGCAUCAAACUUCAAACAAAUUAACAAUACUUUAUGUGUAGUUUUUCCUUUAUCCCCCAUAUAUUUCUCCCAGACUUCACGUGCAUUCAGCAUAACUGGUGUGACUGAGAGAUCUAAUCUAAUAUCUACAGGUAGCAAAUUUAGUGCAUAAAAUAAAGAGAGUCAACCCAGCUCUGAAGGCCUACUUAUAAAACUCUUGAAUGACACUCUUAUAUAAGCUAUUAGACUUAAUUGCAUAUUCACAGAUCUACAACUAUAUCAGAUGCAAAUUACUAAUUAAUCCUAAAACAUAUCUGGAAAGAAUCUUUAAUCAGUGCUGAUAUUAAAUUUAAACAAGUGAAUCAACUUAAUUAUUUUGGAAUAAAUCUGUUCCCCCUAACCAGUAAAUGUAAUGAAAUUAAGCCAACACAGUUCAUGCAGUAUACUUAAAUGUGGCUUAUAUUUCCUUGAUAUUCAUUC